UGUUAAAAGAGAGGGAGAGAGAGAAAGGGGGGAAAAAGAGAAAAGUUUGAGGGGAGCGUGAAGCUAGUCCUGAUUCGGUUGUUUACCAUCAAUCACACGAUUCCUUGCCAGGGACUGGAUGAUUAUGAGCUUGAAGAAGCUGAAAGGGGGCAGGAAAAGAAGUGGAGGCAGCAUUCUUCCUAUUUAAAGCGGCAUCACUUGGGGGGAAAAAACUGUUUGCCCGCUGCGCAAGAUCUAGUGCUGUUACGAAAAGAAAAGGGAGCGAGCAUCUGGGAGCAAGCAGCUGCUUAAAUUAUUAUUCCUAUUCUUAUUUAAUGUCCUGAGGGAAUGCUGGCAGGAAAAAGAGCUGGCUUCAUGGUGUUCCAGUAAUUUUUUUAAAACACUUUUGUUUUGCACUUUUUCUUGCUCCAGAAGUGGAGGGAAUACAUGUCUAAUAUUUAGACAUGAUGGCAACGUGGACCCACAGAAGAACGUUUGUCAUUCUUAUUGCUUUUUUAGGACGUUUGGGAACGAUACAGACGCAAGUCGAGGAAGACUUUGACGAGGAAACAGAAGAUGACGAGAUAGCCUGCACCCACAACGGUCAGAUGUAUCUGAACAGAGAUAUAUGGAAACCUUCCGCCUGCCAGAUCUGCGUCUGUGACAAUGGAGCCACUCUUUGUGAUGAGAUCCAGUGUCUUGACAUGUUGGAAUGUGAAAACCCGCGGGCGCCCCCUGGAGAAUGUUGUCCUGUGUGCCCACACACCCCCCGGAAUGAUUUUGAAAAUACUGCUGCCAGAGGACAGAAGGGUCAAAAAGGGGAACCUGGAAUUGUGCCAAUGGUUACGGGUAUAAGAGGACGGCCUGGACCAGCUGGACCUCCAGGGUCGCAGGGACCAAGAGGAGCUCGAGGUCCAAAGGGAAGACCUGGUUUCCGUGGCCCUCCAGGGAUGGAUGGGGAACCUGGUAUACCUGGACAGCCUGGUGACCCUGGACCACCUGGACAACCAUCCACAGGGCCAGAUGGAGUGGGCAGACCGUUUACAUCUCAGAUGGCAGGACUGGAUGAGAAGUCUGGACUUGCUAGUCAGAUGGGUUUCAUGCCUGGUGCAGUGGGUCCUGUGGGUCCAAGAGGGCCUCCAGGUCUGCAAGGACAACCAGGUGGUGUAGGACCAUCUGGUCCUCCAGGUGAACCUGGGGACCCAGGACCAAUGGGGCCAGCAGGUGUUCGGGGCCCAGAGGGACCUGCAGGAAAACCUGGUGAAGAUGGUGAAUCUGGCAGAGCUGGACAGGCUGGAGAAGUUGGAUUCCCAGGAUCUCCGGGUGCUCGAGGUUUUCCUGGGGCUCCUGGCCUUCCCGGUUUAAAGGGCCACAGGGGACAUAAAGGACUUGAAGGCCCUAAAGGUGAAAACGGAGCCACAGGAUCUAAGGGUGAAAUCGGGCCACCAGGUCAGAUGGGCCCUACUGGGCCUUUGGGUCCCCGAGGGAUGGCAGGAGAAAGAGGACGAAUUGGACCACAGGGUGCUCCAGGGGCUCGCGGUUCUCAUGGUAUGCCAGGGAAGCCAGGCCCGAUGGGUCCCCUUGGAAUUGCUGGUUCAUCAGGUUUUCCAGGCAUACCUGGCAUGAAGGGUGAAGCUGGUCCAACAGGUGCACGUGGUCCCGAAGGCCCACAGGGACAACGAGGGGAAACAGGUCUGCAGGGUCCAGCAGGCAUACCUGGCCUUCCUGGUGCUCUAGGUACAGAUGGGUCCACAGGUACUAAAGGUCCAUCGGGAUCUCCAGGUACUUCAGGCCCACCUGGUUCUCCAGGUCCACUUGGUUCUCCGGGUCCACAAGGCAGCACAGGUCCACCUGGCAUCCGGGGACAAACGGGUGACCCUGGUGUUCCAGGUUUCAAAGGAGAAGCUGGUCCCAAAGGUGAACCUGGUCCACAUGGCCCUCAGGGUCCAAUUGGCCCUGUUGGUGAAGAAGGGAAAAGAGGCCCUCGUGGUGACCCAGGAUCAGUCGGCCCUCCUGGACCCGUUGGAGAAAGGGGACCUCCAGGGAAUCGAGGCUUUCCAGGUACCGAUGGCUUGCCAGGACCAAAAGGAGCUCAAGGAGAGCGUGGUCCAGCAGGGGCUCCAGGCCCUAAAGGAAGCCAAGGUGACCCGGGCCGCACUGGUGAGCCGGGCCUCCCAGGUGCCAGGGGUCUUACAGGGAAUCCAGGUGUUUCUGGUCCAGAAGGAAAACCUGGUCCUUUGGGGGCUCCAGGCGAAGACGGACGACCAGGCCCAGCAGGUUCAAUAGGAAUUAGAGGCCAGCCGGGCAGCAUGGGCCUCCCUGGGCCAAAAGGUGGUAGCGGGGAUCCUGGAAAACCUGGAGAAGCAGGCAAUGCUGGUGUCCCAGGGCAGAGAGGAGCUCCUGGCAAGGAUGGAGAAGUUGGCCCUGCUGGUUCUGUUGGUCCACAUGGACCAGCAGGAGAAAGAGGAGAACAAGGACCUCCAGGUCCUACAGGCUUCCAGGGCUUACCUGGCCCUCCAGGUCCUCCAGGGGAGGGAGGAAAGCCAGGCGACCAGGGUGUUCCUGGUGAUGCUGGAGCUCCAGGUCCUUUAGGCCCAAGGGGUGAACGGGGCAAUCCAGGUGAACGAGGAAACCCAGGAGCACCCGGUAUUCAAGGAGAAAAAGGCAUGGCUGGGGGUCAAGGCCCUGAUGGUCCAAAGGGCAACCCAGGCCCUUCUGGAACCGCAGGGGAUCAAGGACCUCCAGGUCUUCAAGGGAUGCCAGGAGAGAGGGGCAUUGCUGGAACUCCUGGUCCUAAAGGCGACAGGGGCAGUGUAGGAGAAAAGGGAAGUGAAGGCACAGCUGGCAAUGAUGGAGCAAGGGGUCUCCCAGGUCCGUUGGGUCCAGGUGGCCCUGCAGGUCCUGCUGGUGAAAAGGGUGAACCUGGCCCUCGAGGUUUAGUUGGCCCUGCAGGCUCUCGUGGAAACCCUGGUUCCCGUGGUGAAAAUGGUCCAACUGGCCCUGUUGGUUUUGCUGGUCCACCGGGCCCUGAUGGUCAACCAGGUGUGAAAGGUGAACCUGGAGAACCCGGCCAGAAAGGAGAUGCUGGAUCCCCAGGACCCCAAGGCCUUGCAGGCUCUCAUGGUCCACCAGGUCCUUCUGGGGUUCCGGGACUAAAAGGUGGUCGUGGUACUAAAGGCCCUCCUGGUGCUACUGGUUUUCCUGGAUCUGCUGGAAGAGUUGGACCUCCAGGACCCACUGGAGCCCUUGGUCCAGCUGGGCCCAUUGGUGAGCCAGGCAAAGAAGGACCUCCAGGUCUGCGUGGAGAUCCUGGAGCACAUGGUCGAGUCGGAGAUCGAGGGCCGGCAGGACCACCUGGCAGCGCUGGAGACAAAGGAGACUCGGGAGAAGAUGGACAACCUGGUCCUGAUGGCCCACCAGGUCCUGCUGGGACUACUGGCCAGAGAGGCAUUGUUGGUAUGCCAGGUCAGCGUGGAGAAAGGGGCAUGCCUGGACUACCUGGUCCUGCUGGAACACCAGGAAAAGCAGGUCCAACGGGGUCGCAGGGGGAGAAAGGUCCUUCAGGGCCCAUAGGCCCCCCAGGUGCCCCUGGACCAGUGGGUGAAGCAGGCCCAGAAGGUCCUGCUGGUAAUGAUGGUACACCUGGACGAGAUGGAGCUGUCGGAGAAAGGGGUGAUCGUGGUGAACCUGGACCUGCAGGCCUUCCUGGAUCACAGGGUGCUCCUGGCACUCCAGGACCUGUUGGCCCCACAGGGGAUCCGGGUCAGAGAGGUGAACCAGGCUCACGGGGUCCAAUGGGUCCUUCUGGACGGGCUGGAAAACGAGGUUUGCCUGGUCCCCAAGGUCCUCGUGGGGACAAAGGCGACAAUGGCGAUCGAGGGGACAGGGGACAGAAGGGUCACCGAGGUUUCACUGGCCUUCAAGGUCUCCCUGGACCUCCUGGUCCUAUUGGUGAACAAGGCAGCUCUGGGAUUCCAGGUCCAUUUGGCCCUAGAGGCCCACCAGGUCCAGUUGGACCUUCAGGUAAAGAAGGAAAUCCCGGACCACUUGGGCCAGUUGGACCUCCCGGUGUAAGAGGAAGUUUAGGAGAAGAAGGACCUGAGGGCCCCCCAGGUGAUCCAGGUCCCCCAGGUCCCCCAGGUCCUGCGGGCCACCUCACAGCUGCGCUUGGUGAUAUUAUGGGGCACUAUGAUGAUGGUCUAUCAGAUCCUCUGCCAGAGUUCACUGAAGAUGAAGCUGCCCCAGAUGACAGCAAUAAAACCGAUCCGGGGGUCCAUGCUACACUGAAGUCUCUGAGUAGCCAGAUUGAAACUAUGCGAAGCCCAGAUGGAUCCAAGAAACACCCUGCCCGUACUUGCGACGAUCUAAGGCUGUGCCACCCCUCCAAAAAGAGUGGAGAAUAUUGGAUUGAUCCUAACCAAGGUUGUGUGGAAGAUGCUAUCAAAGUAUUUUGUAAUAUGGAAACAGGAGAAUCAUGCAUAUCUGCAAACCCAGCUAGUAUUCCACGUAAAACAUGGUGGACUAGUAGGUCCUCUGAACUAAAGCCUAUUUGGUAUGGACUUGAUAUGAACAGGGGCUUACAGUUUGUCUACGGUGAUAAGGAGUCGCCCAACACGGCUGUCACUCAAAUGACUUUCCUACGUUUACUGUCCAAAGAAGCCUCUCAGAAUAUCACCUACCAUUGCAAGAACAGUGUAGGUUACAUGGAUGACCAAACCAAGAACCUGAAGAAGUCUUUGGUUCUGAAGGGUGCUAAUGAUGUCGAGAUUAAAGCUGAAGGAAACAACCGCUUCAGAUACGUCGCUCUGCAUGACAGCUGCACUAAACGCAACGGGAACGUGGGAAGGACAGUCCUUGAGUACAGAACGCAGAACGUGGCACGCUUACCUAUCAUUGAUGUUGCUCCUGUGGACAUUGGGAAUCCGGAUCAAGAGUUUGGAGUAGAGAUUGGGCCAGUUUGUUUUGUGUAAAGGGGGAGGGGAAGAAAGUCACUAAAAAGGGAAAAUCUUACCCAUCCAAAAGCAUUGGGAACAGCAGCAAAGCAGAAGAAUGCAGACUGAGUGAAGUUAAUCCUGAGACUCUUGAAGCAGAAGCUGAUGUUGGGGUCAGCAUUGUAUAUAACAGUUCUUUCUACUUCCCUGGCCUUCCUUAGAAUAUUUAUUUUACUUACUUACAAACUUGCAUUCUACUUGUCCCAAGUCAGUAUUUUAAUGAAGUAAUAGGACUUAAAAGGACAAAUGACCACCCUUUGAUGAAAAAAAAAUAACAUAUGUUUCCUAAUUAAAGUGAUGAUAAUGAAGUUUUUCUUUGUGGUUUCUGCUCAGCAUAAGUGAGCAUAAAUCAUAUGAUGCAAGUAUUCUAUAUAGAUGGAUAUAUGCAAGAUCUUCAGUUGUUCACCAGCCACGCAUCAGUGCAGCAUUGUAGAUGAGGGUAUUAGUUCGGCAGUCCUCUGAACGUGCACCCAGAAGUCAUUCCCACUGAAUUCAGUGGGGCUUAUUCCCAGGUGCACCGAUAUAGGAUUCAGCCUGAUGGGUAAUCACAGUCUGCAGCUCAAGAACUGGCUGGCUGCAUGUACCUUUUGUUUCAUGCGGACACUUUUGCUUAGCUGUGACAUGGUGCUGUGGUAAUGAAGGAGCCCUUUUCGGCAGAAUUUCCCCCUCUGUGCAGUUCUUAAAGCACAGGAGGCCUGUCAGGGUCUAGCCGUGGGGUCCCCGAGGCCCCUAGCCACAGUCCCAAAGAUGCCAAAGCUCCCUUACCUUUCCAAUUCUUGCUAAUCAGAGAACCCCCCACCCCACCCCCUGUGUGAGGUUUCCCUUAUGCCUCACUUUCUCCUUGAACUCCCUUCAGGAAUACUUCCCCACCAAUCCUUGUUUCUGAGUGACCUCUCAGUAUUACCAAUGCUGCUCCUAUUCCUGCAUUGGAUGGCUGCAGGAAACUCCCUCUCCUGGAAGUUUUUCUAUCACAUUUCCAGGUCUUGGUCCCUUUGCCUUGCCACAUCUCUCCUUGUCCUUCUAGAAUUCACCCACAGCUUUUCCCAAGCCAAACUGAAAGCUAGCUUUCCUCACGAAACCUGGAAUGUUUGCAAAUAUUCAAUUGGGAGCAAUUUCACUCAGCAGAAACUUCGUGAACAUAACUAAUGUCAAAGCAGCUGAACAAAACACUGCUAAAGGUUUCAGCGCAGUGCAAUAUUAGUUGCGAAGGGAUGUGGGCUUUGUGAGCAAAGUAUUUGCCGCCAGACUUAGUAGCCAGUGAUAGUGCAGAUCAGGAAGCAAAGCUGUGUAAAGAGUUUGUAGGUAUGCACACGCGUCCUUCUUUGGAUCACAGCCACAAGGAUGUCCAUGAUCACCUGGGCCUGGCUUAUCACCUGGAUCAGAGGGGUCAAUCCACAAAAGGUGCUUCUUUGCCUACCCUUUCACAGUGCAGUGUGUUGAAGUAGAUGCGAUUCACUCUGUUUGUCGCUGUAAUUCUGCAUUCUUCCAAUCUCUCACAGCUGACUGCAUGCUAUCCCAAUGUAGUUAGUUCAAUGCAUAAUUCCCAUUACUAGUAAUAUGUCAAUGAUGAAAAACACGCAAUUCCAAAAUAUGUCUCAAAUAAUUCACUAUUAAUAUUGGGUGGGGAAAGGGUUUCCUAUCGAAUGAGUAACCUCUAAUGAGCAAUUACCUCUUGAAAGUUACAGACUUUCUUAUCAAAGCCAAAACUCCUGAAUGACUUCCAUGGCAUCAGGAUUUCCCUACUGCCUCAAGUGUAUUGUUCAUUUAUGUGUGUUGUCAUUUAUUCCCACGUAUUAACCCCCAAACAAAUAUCAUUAUAAAGAUUAGAGACUCACUGGUGCUGAGAGAAACUUUCACUCAACAACUGGUCAUGCAUCACCAGAAAUUGUGACUUACUUGCCUUGAUUUAUCAAAGCAAACAAAUGGUCCAUCAUUUCUUAGCAUGAGCUACCUCAUCUCUAGAAGCUGGGAUGCAUUUAAUAAUCUAGGGUUUGUUCUAGAUACAACAAGGUGCUAUGCUUCUGUUAUAAUUCCAAGAAUGGAGAUAGGCAGGGCAGUAUAAUAUUAAAUAAUAAUAAAAUGUAAAAAAAGAAAAAAAAAGAAAAGGGAAUGGUGCUAAAAUGGUUUCUGUAAAAUCCUAAGAAAAUAAAAGACUCUUACCUUCA